AGAGAACUUGCUCAUUCCGGUGUUGAGCUCGCUACCAAUGGAGGCGUCCCACAGUUUACUGCUCGUCGCCCUGCUCGCCGCGCUUCAAGGUAAGAGGAUCUGGGAUUUAGCGUUGGUCUAUACGACUUAUUCUGUAUGGCGUGGGUGACCAUGUCCGGAAAUUUGAUCGAACGGAAAUUUGGUCGAAUCUUUUUUUCAAGUUCACGCGUUGAAAUUUUGCUUCAAAUUUCUUUUUGAACGCAUUAUUUUGUUUUACUAUAUAGUAGAGGGCGUUCAAAAAGAAAUGUCUCGUAAAAACUGAAAAAAGAAAGAUUCGACCAAAUUUUCGUUCGAUCAAAUUACCGUCGAUCAAUUUACCGUCGACGAAAUUUCUUUCGAUCAAAUUUCCGGAUACGGCAAUAAAUAGGCAAUAAACUCGAAUGACGUGGCUGAGGGCGUGACCGCAUUAACGAGGCAAAUAUCUAAAAUGCUAUAGAAAGUUGAAGAAAAAACUUUUUAAAAAAUCGUUGUUAGUUUGGAUAAAUCAGAGUGGCUGGCUGAAGUCGUAGAAAGGGUCAGCGAGAGUCAGCGGGACCAUUUUUAUGUGAAAAUGAGCCAGAACGUUGCACCGCGAUUUGUUGGCCCAAAACACCAAGUGCAAUGCCAGGCAGUUUGCACACUGAUUUGUUAGCCGAAACGUAAGAGUCCAUUGCCAGUCAGUGUGCACUGUUGUGAUCUGUUGGCCGAAACACAAAGUGCAAUGCCAGGCAGUUGACACAGUGAUUUGUUGGCCCAAACACAAAGUGCAAUGCCAGGCAGUUGGCACAGUGAUUUGUUGGCCCAAACACAAAGUGCAAUGCCAGGCAGUUUGCACAGUGAUUUGUUGGCCCAAAACACAAAGUGCAAUGCCAGGCAGCUUGCACAGUGAUUUGUUGGCCCAAAACACAAAGUGCAAUGCCAGGCAGCUUGCACAGUGAUUUGUUGGCCCAAAACACAAAGUGCAAUGCCAGGCAGCUUGCACAGUGAUUUGUUAGCCGAAACGUAAGAGUCCAUUGCCAGGCAGUGUGCACUGUUGUGAUCAGUUGGCCGAAACACGAGAGUACAAGUGCCGAAGCUGAAGAAGACCUGAAAGCGAGUAGAGAGUAGUGGAAUUCACAGUGUUUGUAAGACAUGGAGAGGCUGCUAGUUCAGAUAAUAUGUUUGGUGGGUUUUGUGUGUGUGUGUUUUUUUUUUUGUUUGUUCCAUUAAAGAAGAACACUUUAAAAAUGUAUUUUCCUUUAAAAAUGCUUCUAGGCUGGGACAUAGUCCUUGAAUUUAAAUUGAUUUUUAAAGAGAAACAUUAUUUUGUUUGGCGAACGUAUCAGUGUAAGGAUGGGGUCAUGGGCGGGGCAGAAUAGGUUCAUCAACCGAGGUUCCUCUGUGUCACUCUUUUCAACACUCCACACUCCAAGUCAGGUGUGCUCACGUGUAGUUAAUGAUGAAUGUGUUGAAAUUAAUACAUUUAAUUGAACAUACUACAUUCCAACAAUGUUUAAAUGAAUGUUGGUUGGCAGACGGCCAACAAGUAGGUAGGCGUUACCUGAACGACUCACUACAGUGAUUUGAUAGACAUAUGGCAAGGAAGAAUUUCUUUGUUACACAAUGAUUGCUAACACACACACACACCACACACACACACACGACACACACACACGACACACACACACACGCACAUCAUUGAAAUAUGUGUUUCUUUCGCUUUGAUCUAUUGAUGUUAGACGUAAAGCUAUGUCAUGUUGCUCAGUCUAUUGAUGUUAGAAAUAAAACUGUGUUUGUCAGUCUAUUGAUGUAGUAGUAAAGCUGUGUUGCUCAGUCUAUUGAUAUCAGAAGUAUUGAUACGUUUCUCAGUCUAUUGAUGUCGGAGGUAAAGCUGUGUUGCUCAGUCUAAUGAUGUGAAAAGUAGAGCUGUAUUCAGUGGCGUAGCUAGGGUUAGGGCCGCUCUGGGCGGGACGAGAAUGUUCCCCACCCACCUAUUUUCCACAAAAAGCUCGGCAGCUAGCCGAAAAUGCCGCCCGUUCCUAUAAUGGAGUGAAGUGCCGACCGGUCAACUGUUGGUUUGCAUUGUCUUGGGAGUUUUGGAAGUUUUUUUGUUUUUUUUAAAUACCGGUAACACUGUUUAUCUCGAUUUUCGAGUAUCUAGGGAUUUUUGUGUUGUUUUUUUUAAAUACCGGUAACACUGUUUAUCUCGAUUUUCGAGUAUCUAGGGAUUUUUGUGUUGUUUUUUUUAAAUACCGGUAACACUGUUUAUCUCGAUUUUCGAGUAUCUAGGGAUUUUUGUGUUGUUUUUUUUAAACUUGAGUUACACUUAAAAUGUUAGUGCAACGAAAGAAACGGUGAGAGACACAUCACAAUUUUAUCGCACUUGUAGGCCUACACGUUGAAGAAAACAUCACAAUAAUAUGGCACUUUUAGGCCUACGCGUUGAAAAACACAUCACAAUAAUAUCGCACAUGUAGGCCUACGCGUUGAAAUCCACAUCACUAUAAUAUCGCACAUGUAGGCCUACGCGUUGAAAAACACAUCGCUAAAAUAUCGCACAUGUAGGCCUACGCGUUGAAAAACACAUCGCUAAAAUAUCGCACAUGUAGGCCUACGCGUUGAAAAACGCAUCGCUAAAAUAUCGCACAUGUAGGCCUACGCGUUUAGAGACACAUCGCUGAUAUAUAUUUAAUAGUAUCACUGUCACUGUCAGACAUUUUGUAAUUGUACGAUAUUACUUGCAACACAUAGACACUCAAAAAAAUAUAUGAGCACAACAAAAGCUAGUAAACAAUCAAAGUAGGUUGCCAUUAAAAUGCCAGGAUUUGACAGGAAUAUUUAAGAAGCAAACUGAUUAGAUGAAGACCAACCAGCCAAUCUCGGGGCUUGAAUUAUUGGGCAGGGUGCUCGACCCUUGGGCCGGUAGAUCGGCCCAGUCGUCUCAAGAGGGGUCCAAAUGACCCACGAGAAUUUUUUUUUCUUCUUUUUUUUUUUAAAGAAUGAUUUGACGACGUAAUAUUUUACCACGAUUAAAAAUUCCAAAAAUGCUUGGGCGAUAUUUUACAGCGAGUAACACCUCGGGAGACCAUAUUUCUUAUUUUCUUAUUCAGAACUAUUAUGUAUUUAAAAUCUUGCAUGUUUCCAGUAAUUUAUUUGCGGCAGGAAUCAUAAUAAUCCAUGAUCAUCUCUUUUUACAUGGUUUCAACGAUUCUUUCACCAUACAUGCACGCUCGAGGAUAUUCGUGUGAUUUUUAUGGGGUCGGGAGGGUGUGGUAAAGGGUUUAACUGUAAAAGAUUAUGAUUUUCAUAUAACUGUUACCAUUUUUUUUUAAAAUAAUCAUUUGUAUUAUUAGGAAGAGUUGCCGGUGCCGGUUUGAAAUAUGACAACGUCACAGAACAAAUAAUAAACGGACCUUCCCCGGAUGUGAUCCCCAUUCCCAGAGGCAGCUGGGCGCCCCUGGAUGUCUCCGUCGAGUUUGAUUUCAUCAAUAUCGCAAAAGUGGACGCGGAGAGAAAUGAAGUGGAGGUCGUGCUGUGGCAGAGUGCAAACUGGUCUAGUCCGAUUUACGCCUGGAACAUGACAGAGCCCAACCAAGCCGUUAGCAGGGUAUGGCUGUUUUUGUUUCUGUUUUUGUUUUUUUAAAUAUUAGCUUUGUUAGAAGGCCAGAGGCAGUACACAGCGAGGGCUGGUGGCGUAUGAAGAUUGUGCAGAAAGGCGAGGGCUGGUGGCGUAUGAAGAUUGUGCAGAAAGGCGAGGGCUAGUGGCGUAUGAAGAUUGUGCAGAAAGGGGGAAAUCCGCCUGGGGUUGCAACCCUUUUUUUAAAAAAUAUUUAUGUGCGUUAUUUUUCGGUCAAAUCGAGGUUGUUUUUGUUUGCGUGUGUGUGGAAGAGGGGUGGUAAAAGCAUGACCUGUCCCGGGUCGAUGAGUUGGGACGUGCGUUAUUGUUAGUAUUUCGUUUUAAUGUAGAAUCCAACCCACGUUCACCUAAAUGUAAUGUUUCUUUGUUUGUUUCCCAGGUAACCGUGCCAGCUCGCUACGUGUGGGUUCCUGACUUCACCGUCAUCCACGGGGUCUCCGAGAUCGAGUCGCCAAACCUUGUCAGCAUACUACACGACGGCACCGUCCACUGGGUCACCUCACAGCGCAUUCGUGUCCUGUGCGACGUGGGGGACGCCAAAAACGCUUCCGGCGUGACGUGCACCGUCAAGAUCGUCUCCUGGACCCACAACGCCAACGUACUGCGCCUGAACUUUCACCCUUACCGGCCCACUGCCGACACGGCCAACUACUUCCAAGGGUCUCGGUACGAGCUGCUCAACACGACGGUCACCAAAAAUUCGAUGAUGUACCCCUGCUGCGCUGAGGUCUUCGAGGACGUCGCUCUGACCUUCUCGUUCAAGGAGAGGGGCGUCGAAGCGGCAGAAGACGCGGACGCCAGCUCGUCCGCCCUGAGGUUGACCUCCUCCACGAUAGCGUUCAUUCUCGCCCUCUGUUUCGUUGUUAGCUUAAGGCGUAAUUAAUAGCAUUUCAAGCAUUGUUUUUUAAUCUUGCCAUUAUUUAACACUAUGUCAGGUUGCUGUUGUUGUUUUUAAAUGUGGGGUUCG